UCCUUUUUAGUCAUUUGGGCGCAGUUCCUGGGGGAGGGGAUCGAGGCGAAGAAAAGAAAAUAGCGAAAGGAAGCAGUUAAGACAAAGAGGUGCGUGCGAGUCAAAUGAGAAGUUCGGGAACCGAACACGUGGAGCCUAACACAAGAGUUCGUUCAUUUGAACAUCUGAAGCACAGAAUUCUUGACAAGUCAGCACUGACGGAUCACUGGCGCGUUUGUUGUCGUUUACAGUCAGAUUGUGACUUAAAGAACAUUUAACAUGUAAAAGUUGGGUAGACGCAUUUUUUAGGAUUUUCCCCAGAUAAAUCCACUGGAAAACAAUGGAAAAUCGGAGGACAGUGAGUUCUCAGAAGAGCUGGAAGUUCUUGAGGAACUCGCUGAUUCUUUGCUUAUUUGCAGGACGCGGUGACGCUCAGUGUGAUGGUUGUGUUGAAUACUGCUGUGAUGGAGUGCCUCCUUUCUGCUGCUCGUACUAUGCCUAUGUGGGAGAUGUCCUCUCAGGAACUGCGAUUUCAGGUAUCGUGUUUGGCGUAGUGUUUCUGAUGGGCGCAGUGGCAGCCAUCUCUCUGUGCAUCUGCAUGUGUGUGAAGAACGGGCGUGGGGCGAGAGUGGGUGUGUUCAGCAACUCAUACAUCAACACAGUCAGUCAGGGUUACCCAGGCCCUCCACCUCCAUACAACUAUGAUUAUGAGAUGUACCCAUCUGAUCUUCGCCCGCCUCCUUAUACUCCAACUCCACCCAGAGACGCAAACUACUCCCCACCUCCACCGUAUCCAGGAGAAAAUAGGAAAUGAGCCUCAUUCUUAUAUGAGAGACUACUGAUGAUGAUAUUUGCACUCUGUGCUGCACAGAAUAAAAAAUCCCAUUCACAACAUCAGGUGACGACCGCACAGCAUAUGCCCUGUUGAACUGUCGCAGGUGAAUAUGGGCCUACGGACACAGACGCCACACAGACGCUUCUUAAAUGGGGAUGUGAACAUUUUUGUAUCACUGGGAUCUAGGGAUAUUUAUGGUCCAAGAUUCCAUGGUCAUGGAAAACCUGGAAUUUCAAGAGAAUUUUAAAAAGUCAGGACCAGCAUAAAAACGCAACCUUUAAAUGAAAUUAAAUAUGUGACUUGAGCUUGUAAAUGUUUCAUUGUGAUGCAGUUUGUUCUGUCUGAAAAUCAGUGUUGUGUCUUUGAUACAGUGAAAUUAACUUAAAUGUAGAAAUAAACUCCAUCAGUGUUAUUUGUGUUGCAGAUUAACAUUACAUUCUUAUAUGAUGGCAAUGUGUCUGAGUGACUAAUGAACAAUCAGUUUUGUUUUCAACUUUGCAGAAAAGCCACUAAAGAAAUGGAAAUAAGCUACAACACAACAAAAUAAAGCCACAACAGAUCUGAAAUAAACCACAACAGAAAAGCCACAACACACUGGAAAUGAUUAACAACACAACAAAAUAAAGCCAUAACACAACUAAAAAGUAUUUUCUUAAUAUUGGCUUAAUGUUGUAGUAUUGUGGCUUAUUAUUUUGCGUUGUGGCUUAUUUCCAUUGUGUUGUGUAUUAAUUUCGUUGGGCUGUGGUUUAAUUCCAUUUGUCUUAAACUUUUGCUUUCUAAUCUUGUUGUGUUGUGGCCCCUGAGCCACCGUAGAAAGUCUAUUGAACAAGGUGAAUAUACAAGAACUGCUUUUUAAAGAGCAUCCACUCGAUGGCAGCAAAGAACAGCAAAUACAUUUUCUGCGAAUAAAUAUUAACUGUU